AUGACAUCUUUAGAGAAUUGUCGAAAUAGCAACCAUCCUCUUCCUCGUCAUUAUAACAAUUUUGACUAUCAUCAUCACAGCAAUAACAACCUGAAUACAUUCUCAUCACCGUUAUCAUGUAAACACGAUUUUGAUCCUACCUUCAUCAUUGAAGCAGAAACCAUUCAUCAUUUACCCCUUCCAAUGGAUCAUCCGAAUUAUGACCAAGAAGAAUCCUUUGAGCAGAAUCCUGUAAAAUCAAUUCCCACUCCUCCUCCUCAACAACAACAACAACAACAAUUACAUGUGGUUCCUUCAAGCGAUCAUGAGCAUUCCAUCGAUUCGCCCUCAGAGCACGCAAGUAUUCCUCAGACACUCCCCCACGUCAACAACAAACAUACAUUAACCAAGCGAAAGAAUUCGUUGCCAUCAGAACCAUCCUCCUUUCUGCCCAAGACGUCUUCGUUCAAAAUGAACUCAAAUGGUCAACCCAAUUCUCAUCUCUUUCGUCAUGAAGAACCCAUUACUUCAAAUUAUGACCAACAAAAAGGCCAACCUAAUAUUGACUCGACUCAUCUUUUCCGAACCAAUUCUCAGCCUCAAACGAAUCAUCUUCCAGCCCACUCUCCACAAAAUUCAGCUUUUCCUUUACCCAUGUUUUUGAAUCCCUUUCAAGCAUUCGACAAAAUGAAACAAGAAGGUAUUCGGAAAUCCAAGUUAGCAUUCGAUCAAAUUGUUAUACUUUCGUUAUUUGCUGGUUGUUUUGCAGGAAUUGGAGGUGCCUUGUCCUUGUUAACUGCUGGCAACUGCCCAACAUUGGAAAAGGAAAAUCCUGGUCUUCAAAAAUUUUUCUUUGGAGCUGUUUUUCCAAUUGGAAUUAUUUUCACCAUUCUUUUUGGAGCCGAAUUAUUUUCGACAAACUCUCUCACUGUUUUUAUUGGACUGCUCUCUCGUAAAUGGAGGAGCAAAAAGUUUAUUUUGCAAUAUUUACAAUUUUCAAAGAAUUUAUUUCUGUCGUACAUUUUCAACAUGAUUGGAUCCUUUAUGGUUGCCUAUUUUUUUUUGUAUCUAACACAGCCCUGUUGUGAUGCUCCGUGGAUAGCAUACGCUAAAAAGAUUGCUCUCUCCAAAGUGUCAAAAACUUUUGGACAAAAUGUCUUGUUGGGAAUUGUUUGCAACAUGAUGUUGACUUUAUCGAUCUAUAUUUCCUUUGCGGCCACAACAGUAGAAGGUAAAAUUAUUGGUGUUUGGUUUCCUGUCAUGGGCUUUGCUUCAAGUGGUUUCGAGCAUUGUAUUGCCAAUGCAUUCUUCAUACCUCUUGGAAUGUUGUUUGGAGAGGAUAUUUCAGUUCAGGAUUUUCUUGUUCAAAAUUUGCUACCAACAACCAUUGGCAACCUCAUUGGUGGCUCUUUCAUUGUCGGAUUACUCUUGUACUAUGUUCAUGAUUUGAGACAUCGUCACCGAAGAUUUCUUUUCAACACUAUUGAGCGACUUUGGAGUUACCUCAAACAACGAUACAUUCAUCAGAGACUGCCGCACAGUAGCAGCACCACACCACUUUCUAGCACAACGGCAGCGACCAGCCAUUUAGGAACGGGUGAAUCUUCUUCAAAGCGAACAGAUAGUCCUUCCACUCAACAACCUUCAAACAAAUCUUCUUUGGAGUUUACCGAAGAGGUUGAAAUGGUGGAUAUCAAUGUAGAGAAUAAGGUGUAA